UUCUUCUCUAUGAAUAUUGAUUGAAUAUCUCUAGUGAUUUACACCAAUAACAAUAUGUCUGUCACACUUGUAACAGCCCUGCUCCUUUUCUCGCUCUCAUUUUCCUGUAUCCAAGCAGCAAAAGAUACUACCCCGGUCCAGACGAUCCUACCUGAUGCUACAGAUCGUGCAACAAAUGCUCUGGACGGCCUGCUUCAUUAUUUUUGGGAACAUGAUCCCAGAGCAAAGCAAAUUGGCUUCUUUUUCUCCUGUGGUCAAAUAGGAGGCUGGGGCGGGCCUACAGUGUGGAACAAGUGUAGCUGCAACACAAAAGAUGCUUGCACUGACUGCUAUCGCUGGUGGGAUGCUGUCUCUCUCGAGUCUAUUGCUACUUAUGGCAUCUACACAAAAUCUAAAAGAAAUGCCACUAUCCCAAGCAUCAUGUAUGCUCAUUCGCCAUACAACGAUAAAUGGAAUGCCACAGCCAUUUGUACUUUCAUUGACGAUUUCUUGUGGUACGGCAUUGCUUACCUAAGAGUCUACGAAUGGCUUCAGGAACCAAUAUGGCUGAAUCGUUCUCUCGGUAUAUACAACUGGACGUGGUUUUAUGGUUGGGACGAUGAUAGAGGGGAUAAAAAUCCAGUCAAUACUGGCUGUGGUGGUGUCUGGUGGAACAAUUGCCCUGAUCAUCAUUUUAAAGACUCCAUUACUAUGUUACAGAUGCUUCAUCUCUCUUCAAAACUAGCCUAUCUCUUUCCUAAGAAUGAUACUUACUUGGUAAAGGCAGAGAAAGUGUGGAACUGGUUCUUUAGUUUUGAUGAUGGAUAUGGUUUAAUGACUGACGAGUAUUUAGUAUCAACUGGUGCUCUUCCUGAAAAUUGCUGCAAUUCUUCAUCAAAGGAUCCCUUAACUAAAUGUUAUAACUCAAAGAUACCAGGUACUUCAUAUAAUCAAGGACUACUGAUGAGUUCAGCAGCUUACCUGUACAGGAGGACUGGUAACAAGACCUAUCUACUAGUAGGAAUGAGAGCAUUAGAAGCUAUACUGGCCAACUAUACUACAGAUGAAGGUAUUCUUAUCGAUGAACCUAGAAGCUACCAGAACUAUCAAAAUGACUACUGUUGGGGCUCUACUUCAGAUCCUGGCGGUGACUUCUUCUCAUUCCAAGGUAUCUUCAUGGUUCAUCUUGGUUACUUUGUUGAUACACUGAGAGAAAAUGGCACCUUCUCUGAUGAGAUGCUAGACGAAGUAGCAGCUUUUGUACAAAAGACAAGCGAUGCUGCUUGGACAAGAUCAGCAGUGUGGCCUCCAUUUGAUAAUGUUUCAGAUGUCUGCAACACUGGUCCGGUAAAUACAACACUAACGUAUCCUAAGUUCUACUGGUGGUGGGCAAAAAACAACACUGCUCAGAUCAUACCACCUGAUCCAAGGAUGUACAUCCACAAGACCCAACUUCGCUGCUAUACUUGGACCAACUCUCAGAUCCUCGAGGGAAUGUUUGGGUCAGAGGAAAAGUGCAUGGAAAAAUGCAUGAAGUACAAGAACUGCUCAAAGUAUCUCUAUCAGACGGACCAGAGCGCUGUCCCAGGUACCGAUUGUUGGAUAUGGUCGUAUAAUCGUACGGACCACUUUUGCAAUUUAACGGAUUAUGAUUUUAAUGUUGGUAUAAAGAGACCGGUAGGUGGUACAUGCAAGGGUCACUGCAAUCUAAGUACACCAGUCAAAACGGCUAAUGGUGGAGUAUGCUACUGUGAUUCACAGUGUGCUAAACACCUUGACUGCUGUCUGGAUUAUGUUGAUUAUUGUCAACCUAAGUCUCCUGUCCCCUCUUGCAAAGGAAGAGGAAAGUGCAAUAGAGCUGUUGCUCAGCCUAUAAGAGGUGGUGGGUAUUGCUGGUGUUUUAGCGGCUGCAAUCCUUGGUACACUGAUAACAACAGUGAUGGGAGCUGUUGUCCUGACUAUUUAGAGGUGUGUGAGAAGAUAUCAAUUCCUCCUUGCAUUGAUGCACGGUCCCAGGGUUCUGCUGUGAACCUCUUUGUUGCUCAUUUGCUUUUGGAACAAAAACUCAAAGAAAAAGAAGCUGCUUAAAUUCUUAAAUUUUAUAGCUACCUUUUAUUGUGUACCCUUUUUUGAUUGAGUGCUAAUAAAG